AUGAGUUCAGACGAGGAGGUUAUCGAACAGAAUCAGGAACAAGAAGAUGCUGAAGAGAAGAAGCCUAAAAGAGAGUAUAAUCAGUUCGAUUUGAAUGUUAUUCCAACCGAUGAAACGGUAAAAUUGUUAUUUUGGUUUUUUUAAAUUUGUUCAUACGCCUUUACUUACCAUGUUUUAUCAUAUAUGCAGUCAGCCGAAUUAAAUUAACUUGCUUUCAGGUGAUAGAUUUGACACACACAGUCGCAGACAACAUUCCUGAGCUCAGCCGGUUUCCAAAUAUUAAUGUAAGUUGAUUGGUUUUUGAUUAUUCCGCGUUUAGACGUUGAGUUUGAGAACGAAUCUGAUCAAAGAGAUCAAUGCCAACAUUAACAUUGCUCAGUUGACGGAAAUUGAUCUGUAUGACAACCAAAUUGAGAAGAUUCAGAACUUGGAAGGUCUUGUUAAUUUGGAAAUCUUAGAUUUGAGCCACAAUAGGAUCAGAACGAUAGAGGGUAAGUGUUUUAGGUAACAAUGUUAGUUAAAGUUGAAUAUUUAAAAUUUGAAGUUUUUAAAUCUUUUUUUUUAUCUAAUUGGGGUUUUACUUGCAUUUAAUUACGUUUGAAUGGUGUUAUUUUAAUUGUAACUUUCAUUUUCAGGUCUAGAAUCUCUGACCAAGUUGAAGAAGUUGUUCUUGGUCUGUAAUAAGAUCUCCGCUUUGUCGGGUUUGGAUAAUCUACUCAAUCUUGAGCUUCUGGAAGUUGGCGACAAUAAGAUCAAAGUCAUUGAGAACAUCGGACACUUGGACAAGCUCGCUGAACUUUAUAUGGGCAAGAACAAGAUCACGAAGCUGGAGAACCUGGAGAAUCUGAAGCAAUUGAGAGUUUUAAGUGUACCUGUGGGUUAUUUUGAUGUUUUAACAUUUAUAAAAAUUUAUUAAUUUUUGUCAGUUUUUGACAACUAUUUGUUCAGGGAAACAGACUGACUUCUAUCGGCGACAUCUCUUACCUGUCUGAACUCGAAGAACUUCAUAUCAGUUCUCAAGGUAUCGACGACAUUUCCGGAAUUGCCGGGCUGGUAAGUACGCUUACGUAUUAAUAUGUUUGUACUUUACGUGUAGGUAUGUCUAUGUCAUAACUUAACUUUCAGGUGAAAUUGAACAUUCUGGAUGCAGGUGAAAAUAAGAUCUCUACCAUCCCAGAUCUCUCAAGGCUGGAAUCUCUGGAAGAUUUGUGGCUGAAUGACAACAAAGUGAGCAGCUGGAAGGAAAUUCAGAAGUUGGAGAAAGUGAAAACCUUGAGGACUUUAUAUUUGGAGAGGAACCCAUUAUACCACGAAGAUACGACCGCUUACAGACGAAAGAUGAUGUUGACACUGCCACAAUUGACACAGAUCGACGCUAUUGCUUGUAAAAAGGGUUAA